AGAUCAGAGCUGCCUGUUCCCCCUCCCUGCUCCAGCGUGUCUGCCUGCCUGUUGACCUGGGAGGAGAGUUUUCUUGGCUGGGCCAGGAGAGGCUCAAAGCGGAGCGCUGGAGCGGGGAAGGGACAGCCCCAGCCAGAGUUGCCGGAGGAAGAGGCUGAGCAGCGGGACGCCGUGUGGAGCCCGCGGCGCCUGCGAUGCCCUCCUGCCUGCCUCUGCCAUGUAGCUGCUGACAGCAACUGUGCGCCGCUUGCAGCAGAGGCUGGGUCCGGCCAGGGGGCGAAUCUGGACGCCGCUCGCUCGCUGCCUCGCUCUCCUGCCCGCGCCGCCACCCGCUUCCACCCCCGGGAGCCUCUUUCCGGGCUGGCUGCAGCAGCCGGCGCUGCCAUGGGGCUGCCGACUCUAGAGUUCAGCGAUUCGUAUUUGGAUAGUCCGGAUUUUAAGGAAAGGCUGAAAUGUCACGAGGUCGAGCUGGAGCGCACCAACAAGUUCAUCAAGGAGCUCAUCAAGGACGGCAGCCUCCUGAUCGGGGCCCUCAGGAAUUUAUCAAUGGCGGUACAAAAAUUUUCCCAGUCGCUUCAAGAUUUUCAGUUUGAGUGUAUUGGGGAUGCUGAAACAGAUGAUGAAAUUAGCAUUGCCCAGUCAUUGAAAGAGUUUGCCCGGUUGUUGAUCGCAGUGGAAGAAGAGCGAAGACGCCUGAUCCAGAAUGCUAAUGAUGUUUUAAUAGCACCGUUGGAGAAAUUUCGUAAAGAACAAAUAGGCGCAGCAAAAGAAGGAAAGAAGAAGUUUGACAAAGAAAGUGAAAAAUAUUAUUCUACCCUAGAGAAGCACUUAAAUUUAUCAGCAAAAAAGAAGGAGUCACACCUGCAAGAUGCAGACACCCAGAUUGACAGAGAACAUCAAAAUUUUUAUGAAGCAUCGUUGGAAUAUGUCUUUAAAAUUCAAGAAGUGCAAGAAAGGAAAAAGUUUGAAUUCGUUGAACCUCUUCUGGCGUUUCUUCAGGGAUUGUUUACUUUUUACCAUGAGGGCUAUGAGCUGGCCCAGGAGUUUGCACCCUACAAGCAGCAACUGCAGUUCAAUUUACAAAACACCCGGAAUAAUUUUGAAAGCACAAGGCAGGAAGUAGAACGACUCAUGCAGCGAAUGAAGUCUGCUAGCCAGGAUUACAGGCCACCGAGCCAGUGGACAAUGGAAGGCUACCUCUACGUACAAGAGAAACGACCCCUAGGCUUCACCUGGAUAAAAUAUUACUGUACUUAUGACAAAGGGACAAAAGCAUUCACCAUGAGUAUUUCUGAAGCAAAAUCUGGGGGUAAAGUAAAUGGUCUUGUCCCAAGCACACCAGAAGUGUUCAAGUUGAAAUCCUGCAUCCGGAGAAAAACGGAUUCAAUCGACAAGCGCUUCUGUUUCGAUAUUGAAGUAGUUGAGAGACCUGGGAUCAUUACCCUGCAGGCCUUUUCUGAGUCCAACAGGAAGCUCUGGCUGGAAGCUAUGGAUGGGAAAGAACCAAUUUACACGUUGCCAGCCAUUAUUAGCAAGAAAGAAGAAACGUUCCUAAAUGAAGCUGGUUUUAACUUCGUAAGAAAAUGCAUUCAUGCUGUGGAAACCAGAGGUAUUACAAUCUUGGGGCUGUACAGAAUAGGCGGUGUGAAUUCCAAAGUUCAGAAGCUGAUGAAUACCAUAUUUUCCCCUAAAUCUCCUCCUGACAUGGACAUUGAUUUGGAAAUUUGGGACAAUAAAACUAUAACAAGUGGGCUAAAGAACUACCUCAGAUGUCUUGCUGAGCCGCUGAUGACCUACAAGUUACACAAGGAUUUCAUUAUGGCUGUUAAGUCUGAUGACCAAAAUUACAGGGUGGAAGCGGUCCAUGCCCUUGUUCGCAAGCUGCCAGAGAAAAACCGAGAAAUGCUGGACAUCCUAAUCAAGCACUUGGUCAAGGUGUCUUUACACAAUCAGCAAAAUCUCAUGACCGUCUCCAACCUUGGAGUUAUUUUUGGCCCCACUCUGAUGAGAGCCCAGGAAGAAACUGUGGCUGCUAUGAUGAACAUCAAGUUUCAGAAUAUUGUGGUUGAGAUUCUCAUCGAGCAUUAUGAAAAGAUAUUCCACACAGCUCCAGACCCAAACAUCCCUCUUCCACAGCCUCAGUCCCGGUCAGGUUCAAGAAGGACGCGAGCAAUCUGCCUCUCUACGGGCACUCGCAAACCCAAAGGACGGUAUACCCCCUGCCUGGCAGACCCAGACAGUGAUUCAUAUAGCAGCAGUCCUGACAGCACCCCCAUGGGCAGCAUAGAAUCACUCUCUUCUCACUCAUCAGAACAAAACAGCACAAAACCUACGUCUUCUCAGCCCAGGGAGAAAGCAGGAGGAGUUCCAUGGAUCGCUUCAUCCCCUUCAUCCAAUGGACAGAAAAAUUCAGGCCUUUGGACCACAAGUCCUGAAUCCUCUUCAAAGGAGGAUGCAGCAAAAACAGAUGUGGAGUCCGAUUGUCAGAGUGUUACCUCCAUCACCGGUCCAGAAAGUGUGACUCCAUCAAUAGAUCUGACCAAAAAAGGACUGUAUAGUCUCUCUGGGCUGAAAAGGUCAGCAGCAGCAUCCAUUAGGUCAAUCCCUUCUGCUGAAGGUAACAAAAGCUGCAGUGGUUCAGUACAGAGUUUAGCUUCAUUGGAUGCCAAAGAGACACCAAAGGUUGCCGCAAACCCAGACCUGCCUCCAAAAAUGUGCAGAAGACUGCGACUGGAUACCACAUCAAGUAACGGCUACCAAAGGCCAGGUUCUGUGGUGGCAGCAAAGGCCCAGCUGUUUGAGAGUGGUUGCUCUCUUAAAGCUCCCUCAGGAAGGCAAGCCAAGGCCAUGUAUUCUUGUAAAGCCGAGCACAGCCAUGAACUCUCUUUCCCUCAGGGGGCAAUAUUUUCCAACGUGUACCCGUCUGUGGAACCUGGCUGGUUGAAAGCGACAUAUGAAGGCAAAACGGGACUCGUUCCAGAGAAUUAUGUUGUCUUUCUCUAGUAAUAGUUAGCGGACAGCAGUAUCUUCAUGGUAUCCAUGGUAACAAGUAAUAAGCACUAUGAUUUCUUUUUUAUCUGACACAGAUAUGGGGUUCUGCCAGUUCGCCCUGCAUGUGGUAGUUUUCCUUCGACUUCUGCAACUGCAGACUAGGUCACUCCUUAUAAGUGGAACAGGAUCUAAUGAAAAGAGUCAACAGGGUGUGUUUUGUCUGUGUUUGAAAAUGGUACUCUUUCGGGCAUCUGCCAUUGCUAACUAGAAGUUCAUUUUAUUUUUGCUUUUAAAAAGGAAAUUUGAUCCACCAAAAAUAAGUUCAAAAUGAAAUAUUGCCAUUUGGGGGUUUUUCCCCCCCAUGUGUGCAAUUGAUUCUCAGUUGGUCCCAAUCAUUUCAAUGACGACUUUGAUGUACCAUCAAAUUAUGUGCUUAAACAUUUUGUAUUAAAGUCCACAGAGAUUACAAUUUGCAAAUGUGAUGUAUGUCAUUUAUAGAGCUCCAAAUCCACUAGUUUGAGCACCAAUUUUAAUCGUUUUAAAAAUGCUAUGUAAGUGUGUGUUGGUUUUUCCUUCUUCACUGCUUUGUGUUUUAUCACUAUAAUUGUCAAUAAAUUUUAUUUAUGGAGCCUGACUGCCCUGAAACGUUAAUCCUAAAUCAGACCAGAUAAAUAAAUAAUGGUUUUAUAUUUA